AUGGUUAUUUAUCGCUUAUUUAUAAUCUAUAUAUUUUUUCUCUCUUUCUUCCUUUUGCUUCCUCUAUUACUGUAUUUCUUUGCUCUCUCUCUCUCUCUCUCUCUCUAUCUAUCUAUCUAUCUAUCUAUCACUCACUCGGGCGCAUGCGCUUUCUACUUUGCUGGCAUUGCUACUCGCAACCGCCAUCUUACUCUUUUCUCGAUGACUAAAGCUUUUUCUCCAUCACAGCGUCUUAAACAACAACACCUUUUCUUUAUUCUUCAUUUCUUUCUUCCAAUUUAUAAGUUUUUAUUUCCUCUUACUGCCUCUUCACAGCUGUCGCUUAUACAACAAAUUUUCUUUGUCGUUUUCCUUUCAUACUUCAUUUUCUACUUUUCUCAGUGCACUCCCUUCACUUUUUGCUUUCUUUCACACUUUCUUUCUUUCUUUUCUCCCUCUCUUUGUUUCAUUUAUCCUUCUCUUUCUUUUCACUUUCUUUGUUACUUUUCUCUCUCUCUCUUUAUUUUCACUCUCUCUUUAUUUUCACUCUCUCUUCGUUUCUUUUCUCCGUAUCUUUGUUUACUUAGCGUUCUCUUCAUUUUUUUUCUCUAUUUCACUUUCUCAAUUUUAAUAUCAUUGCUUUUUCCCCACUCUUUUUGCUUAUUUCUCACACUUUUGUUUUUUUGUUUUACUUUUCGCUUUGUUACUUUUUCUCUAUUUCUACUUCUCUUCUAUUUUUCUUUCUCUAUUUUUAUAUCAUUGUUUCUUUUCUCCUCUCUUUUCUUAUUUCUAGCCUAUUCUGUUUUAAUUCCUUAUCUCCCUCUAUUUUUUUACAUUUUAUUUCGUCUUAUUUGUUUCUAUGUUCUUUUGUUAAUUUUCCGUCAUCAUUGUUUCCUUUUUUUCUUUCAUUUAUACCUUUCUCUCUUACGUUUCUACUUUCUCUUUUUUUUUCUUUCUGACACACUUCUUUCCCCUCUCUUUGUUUAUCUUUUCCCUCUCUCUUUCUUUUCUCGCUGUUGCUUUCGCUUUUAA